CGUUUCAGUGCGCAAUUCUCGCCGGACCAAGCCAAAUGGAAGAGACCUCCCCUUUACGGCCCCGUUGAAAUUCACUAUUUCACCAAAUGUGUUUGUUUUUUGAACAGGUUUAUAGAUUUAAUCUCCACGUGAUCAUUCUUGUUAUAAGAGAGUCCCGUGUGAAAAACGCCCUCAUUGUGCUUAUGCGUAACAUCCAGUGGAAACCGCAUAGGCAGCGUGUAGGCGCAUUGCCCCAGUCUCCACAACCUGCCCACGGACGUACAUUAAAAAUAGACAGUCGCUGCAACGCAGACCAGCACGCAGGCAAACCCCCAUUCCGGUGCUGGAUCGUGACAAAAAUCGUGUCAUUAUUAUUAGAGUGAGAUAAUGUUCAUCUGCUGUCACCGAACCUGUCAGGUGAUUCGGACUGAUGCGGAGGUUGCGACGUGAAAAUGGAAAAAAGGCGCAAUGUUUUCAUUCUGCAGACAUGUCAGCUGUAGUAGGGAAGCAGCUCUUGGGGCUGGGUUGUCAAGUCGUGAUCUGGCGUUUAAAUAAAAAAAACGUGUAUAUUCAACUGUAAAGACGACUAGGGAGGAUUUAUGCAGCCCUCUGUAGCUCAGAUUACCUUCUACUUUCAGGAGUGAAUCUUUUGUGACCUUUUGCACAGGUCCCCCGGGUUUAUCAGCCCCUCCCGUCUCUAAGGAGAGCAGCUUGUCAAGCAGCACUAAACCAGAAGGUGUUUUCUGCUCAGCGGUGGGGGAUUAGGAGCAGGAGGCUGGGUCAUUACUACUACAAGGUUGUGUGACAUGCACUCAUAAGGAGGGACACACCUUGCAGAGUGCAUCGGCUCUAGGUCAUCAUUAUCGUUGUUCCUUUGCUUUUUCCUGAUGCAGAUUAUUUUUACUAGAAUUUCAUAGAACUUUAAAGGCAGGUUUGUCCUUCAUAUCUUCAAAGAAAAUAGGAUGCAUUUGUUCAGAACUAUUAUUAAACAGGAAAAGGGCCAGCGUCUCACUAUAGACGCCUCUGGUUGGCUUAUCCAUGCAGAGUCUCUGAUAACAUGCAUCAUUUAGCUUGACUAGCUUGAUACUACAAAUGAUGGCAUCAGGGAUGGACUGGGACAUUAAUGCAGCCCAGGAAUGUCUCCGUUGGACGUGAGGGAGUGUAUGUGCUGAACGGUAUGGCUGUUCCUCCAGAACCCACAAUGGCCAGUCCACAGCAGGUCCCCUGUCCAUCACAGGGACACACAGAGACAAGUGCCCAGUUCCACACUUGAGUGUUGCCAGAUAACCUAUUAUGUAUGGUUUUGGUCCGUGGUUAGGAAACCACCGGGACAGAACCCACACAUGCGUGAUGAGAACAUGCUAACCCUGCACAACAAGCGGCAGGCUGGACUCGAAGGUUAGGCUAUCCAACACUGACUGGUCAGAUUUCCAUCCUGCAUUGCAAACACGUUCUACCUUAGUGAACAUGUGUCAGUAAAUAUGUUUCCAAGACAACAAGCAGCUGUUUAUCUGAUUUCACAGGUUUAUGAUUACUCUCUCGUUUCUUGGUAAAGUUUGAAUUAAGGGCCGCAUUUAAAAAGCUUUUACUUAUUAUAAUUAACCAUGAAGAGGAAGAUAUUCCUUUACAGUUUCAAUCCUCAAAAUAAGUGCAUUUGCAAAUGACAAAAAGUGAGAGUGUGUUUUGUAAAUGCAUGCACAGAUCUGUGUGUUUGCACGCACAUGAGGUAGGCUGUACGUGUGGAAUGAGUGGGUGGACACGUGUGUGUGUGUGUGUGUGUGUGUGUGUGUGUGUGUGUGUGUGUGUGUGCGUGCAGCAGAUUAAUGAGGCAUCUUAAUGUAGGAAUUCACACUAUCACACCGGGCUAGGAUUCUGCUGCCAGUCGGUUUAUUUUCUCCCAUGAUUAACUCUUCUAUUGUGACUGAAAGUCAUUUUAGUUUUCUUCUUUCGCAUUUUAUAAUUUUAAAAUUUCUGUUUUCUCCAUAUUUUUAUUACUAUUUUUUUAUCAUUUGUGAUUUUUAUCUUGAGAGGCGCUGUAUAAAAAUGCAUUUCUUCUUCUUCUUCUUGUUGUUAUAACACAGGAGGCUCGCAAACUGUCUGAAAACUUAACAAGAGCGCAUGAAUUCCAGAGGCUUUUGACUUGCUGACUCAAGCUUGACACGUCUUCAGACCAGAGCAGGGUUCCUCUGCUGGUUUGGCCCUUUGACCUCUCUGAACUCCUGCAGUCUCUGUGGAGUUUAAGCAGCAGUUCCCCGUCACUCUUCUCAAACCACUUCAGUGUUUUUUCCAUCAUUUAAUAACAAGAAUAAUAACAAGAAUAAUAACAAGAAUAAUAACAAUAAUAACAGUGUCAGAACUGUAUCAUUUUCUUAGUAUUGAUGGUUUGUGAGUGAACAGACACAAGAAGAACAUCAGUCCAUGACACGUGUCUCCUUCAUCUUGUUCAUGACAGGCGGUAAAGGUCUUCUUUCAAGGGGUGGGUUGGAGUGCAGGUGUGCAGCGUCAGCAGAUCUCUGGCUCUUCUAACCUGCUGCUGCAGCUUCUGGGCAGAGAAAACAGAGGUGUUGAGUGAAGAUCUUCUACAGGUAGAGAAGCGUCUGGAUCUGGUCAAGCAGGUGACACACAGCGCUCACAAGAAGCUGACUGGCUGCCUGCAGGGCCAGCAGGGGACUGACACGGAGAAGAGAUCUGUCAAGUCCCCAUCUAAAAAACUUCCACUCACGAUCUUGGCACAAUGCAUGGAGGAGGGAGCUGCAGUGUUGGGGGAUGACUCGCUCCUGGGAAAGAUGUUGAAGCUUUGUGGAGAGACGGAGGAGAAGUUGGCUCAGGAGCUGCUUCAGUUUGAGCUCCAGACAGAGAGAGAUGUGGUGGAGCCUCUCUAUGUGCUUGCAGAAGUGGACAUUCCCAACAUCCAGAAACAGAGAAAACACUUAGCUAAACUGGUCUUGGACAUGGACUCAGCACGAGCAAGAUAUCAGCAGUCAUCUAAGUCAUCCAGCCACCCAAGCACAAUGCAGCCCGGCACCAAGUCUGAGUCCCUAAGAGAGGAGAUGGAGGAGGCAGCCAAUAGGAUGGAGAUUUGUAGAGAUCAGUUGUCAGCAGACAUGUACAAUUUUGUGGCCAAAGAAAUAGACUAUGCAAACUACUUCCAGGCACUGAUAGAAACACAGGCAGAAUAUCACAGGAAGUCAUUAGAGAUUCUUCACAGUGUCCUGCCCCAGAUUAAAGCUCACCAAGAGGCGUGGGUGGAGAAGCCGUCAUUUGGCAAGUCUCUGGAGGAACACCUGAACAUUAGUGGAAGAGAGAUUGCCUUUCCCAUCGAAGCUUGUGUUACCAUGCUGUUGGAGUGUGGCAUGCAGGAGGAGGGCCUCUUCAGAGUGGCUCCAUCAGCCUCCAAGCUGAAGAAGCUAAAAGCCUCCCUUGAUUGUGGAGUUCUUGAUGUGCAGGAGUACUCCUCCGACCCACACGCCAUCGCAGGGGCCUUGAAAUCGUACCUCCGUGAACUCCCCGAGCCAUUAAUGACCACUGAACUUUAUGAAGAAUGGAUUCAGGCCUCUAACAUCCAAGAUAUGGACAAGAGACUACAAGCACUGAUGGCAGUAUGUGAAAAACUCCCCUCAGACAACUUGAAUAAUUUCAGAUAUCUGAUUAAAUUUUUAGCAAAGCUGAGUGAAUAUCAAGAGUCAAACAAGAUGACUCCUGGUAACAUCGCCAUUGUUCUUGGGCCUAACUUGCUGUGGACACACACAGAACCGAACAUGACAGAGAUGAUGACUACAGUUUCCCUUCAGAUAGUCGGGAUCAUUGAACCCAUCAUUCAGCAUGCUGACUGGUUCUUUCCUGGGGACAUUGAGUUCAACCUGACAGGCAGCUACGGAAGCCCGGUCCACACCAACCACAACUCCAACUACAGCUCCAUGCCCUCACCAGAUAUGGACCAGUCAGAUCGCAAGCAGCAGCAGCAUGACCAGAGCAGACGCCCACUGAGCGUCGCCACUGACAACAUGAUGCUGGAGUUCUACAAGAAAGAUGGCAUUAGGAAGAUACAAAGUGUGGGUGUCCGGGUGAUGGAUACAUCCUGGGUUUCUCGCAAAGGUUCGACCACACUGGCACGCAAGACUUGCUCCACCCCUCCAGGCGUGCAAGGACCCGGCUCUCCUGCAGACACACUCGUCCCCGAGCAGCUUGGGGAACUCGCCUCUCCAUCCUCGACACCGCCGCGUACCGAAAGGGAAAGGGUUUGCUCAGACAACGUGCCGCUCAAUCGGCCGGACACCUCUCAUGCCCACCCACCCUCAGGGGAGGACCGGCCACCCCCUCCUUACCCCAGCUCCUCGUGCCACACCGCCCCACACCACUUCUAUCCCAAACCCCUGCCCUGCGCUCGCCCUGUGGCACCAGGUCCCGAGUCCCAGCCCCCAGCCUCACCCCCACCCCCAAUGCGCUGGUCUGGCUUCACUCCCCCUGCCCCACCCCCUUCCUCCUCUUCCUCCUCCUCCUCCUCCUCACUCGAUAUCAAUUCAAACCCCAAACCUAACUGUCUGCACUUCCCCAAGCACAGCCCGCCUGGUGACAUGUCCCACGCCCCCCCACCUGAUGCUAAUGCUUCGCCGCUUUACGUUAAAACCCCGUUGGUUCUAACUCGCCAUGACCAGCCCCUUGGCAACCCCCCUAUCCUCCCUUCGUCCAUGCCCCCGCCCCCACCGUGGGCUGCCUGUCCUUGUGCUCGAGAGAGAGGACCCCCCAGACUGACUAGUUCAUUCAAGAGUAAAGAGCUCUCCCCUGUGAUUGGACACAAAGCCAUCCAGGUGGCAAGUCCAACAGUGCACCCCAGCAGCAGCCAUUCCCCUCUCUCCACAGAUCAGAGUCCACACACCCUUCGCAAAGGUUCCAAGAAGUUGGCCCCUGUACCUCCAAAGGUCCCGUACGGUCAGUCAGGAGGGAUGUCCGACCAGUCCACAGGUCAGCCAUCACCAGUCAGCCUUUCCCCUACCCCUCCCAGCACCCCAUCCCCUUACGGA